AUGGGGACGACAGCCGCAGGGCCCAUUCACCUGCUGGAGCUCUGUGACCAGAAGCUCAUGGAGUUUGUCUGCAACGUGGACAAUAAGGACAUGGUGUGGCUGGAGGAGAUUGAGGACGAGGCCGAGCGCAUGUUCACCAGAGAAUUCAGCAAGGAGCCCGAGCUGAUGCCCAAAACACCUUCUCAGAAGAACCGACGGAAAAAGAGACGGAUUUCUUAUGUUCAGGAUGAAAACAGAGACCCCAUCCGGAGAAGGUUGUCCCGCAGAAAGACGCGGAGCAGCCAUCAGAGCUCCCGGCACCUCCGCAGCAAGGACAAGGUGGAGAGGCUGGCCACAGUGGUGGGGGAGAACGGCUCCGUCCUGCGGCGGGUGACCCGUGCUGCGGCCGCAGCUGCAGCGACCUCCGCAGCGGCCACGCCUUCGCCCACCCCUGAGUCUCCCACGGUGCUGACCGAGAAGCCCAAGGAGAGCCUGGCCCAGUGCCAGCUGGUACCCAUGGUGGAGAUUGGCAUCAGCGAGCGCCGGAGCGCUGAACAGCACCUCAGCCAGCUCCAGUCUGCCCAGGCUCCACCCCCCACCCUGGCUCCGGCCGCUGCUCUGGCCUCCCAGAUCACCUUGACCUCGGAGGAGGACUCUACACCCCAGAAGCCAGAGGCCGGGAGACUGGAGUCUGUCACCGUGAGCUCCCUGAUGACUACACCCCAGGACCCCAAGGGCCGAGGGGUUGGAGCAGGAAGGUCCGCCUCCAAGCUCAGAAUUGCUGCGACCUCCCCAGGCCUGCAGGACUCGCCCAGCUCUCCGGCCUCCCCGUGGCGGGAGCGGGUGCUGGCUCCCAUCCUGCCGGAUAACUUCUCCACGCCCACGGGCUCCCGUGUGGACCGCAGGUCGGUGCGGCGCAGCCUGAUCGCCCCGUCCUUCCCGGGUCCCCAGGUCUCGCUGGCCCAGAAUUACUCCCUGGUUUCCAAAGAGGAGAGCACCGUCCGAAGAUCAAGCAGAAGGAUUGCCAGGAAGGCCACCAAAGAGCCGGCCGCCUCCGCCCGCAUCAUCUGCCACAGUUACCUGGAGAGGCUCCUGAAUGUCGAGGUGCCUCAGAAAGUGAGCCCCACGCCGGAGGAGCACAGCCAGGAAGCUGAGCCAGAGGAGGCAGCUGAGCCGGAGGUCCCCAAGAACAGUGGCAGCGCCUUGCGGCUCCGCAGUGCCACCAAGAUCGCCAUUAGCACGCCUGGCUCGCAGCCUGCAGCCAGUGGCCAGGCAACGCCCUCUGAAGGGCGGCCGGAGGCCAAGACUGACCAAGCAGAUGGCCCCAAGGAGCCGCCUCCGAGUGUCAGGAGGAAGCGCAGCUACAAGCAGGCCGUGAGUGAGCUGGAUGAAGAGCAGCAGCUGGAGGAUGAAGAGCUGCAGCCCCCCAGGAGCAAGACCCCUUCCCCGCCCUGUCCUGCCAGCAAGGUGGUGCGGCCCCUCCGGACCUUCCUGCACACUGUGCAGAGGAACCAGACGCUCAUGACCCCGACCUCGACCCCUCACAGCAGCAGCGUGAAAUCCUUCAUGAAGCGCAACACUCCCCUGCGCGUGGACCCCAAGUGCAGCUUUGUUGAGAAGGAGCGGCAGCGCCUGGAGAACCUGCGGCGGAAGGAGGAGGCCGAGCUGCUCCGCAGGCAGAAGGUGGAGGAGGACAAGCGGCGCCGGCUGGAGGAAGUGAAGCUGAAGCGUGAGGAGCGCCUCCGCAAGGUGCUGCAGGCCCGGGAGCGGGUGGAGCAGAUGAAGGAGGAGAAAAAGAAGCAGAUGGAGCAGAAGUUUGCUCAGAUCGACGAGAAGGCGGAGAAGGCCAAGGAGGAGCGGCUGGCCGAGGAGAAGGCCAAGAAGAAGGCGGCGGCCAAGAAGAUGGAGGAGGUGGAGGCGCGCAGGAGGCAGGAGGACGAGGCGCGGAGGCUCAGGUGGCUGCAACAGGAGGAGGAGGAGAGGCGCCACCAGGAGCUGCUGCAGAGGAGGAGGGAGGAAGAGCAGGAGCGGCUGCGGAAGGCGGCCGAGGCCAAGAGGCUGGCGGAGCAGCGCGAGCUGGAGCGGCUCCAGGCCGAGAGAUGUAGCCGUCACCCAGAGGCAGCUCCCGCCUUCACUCGGGAGUUUGGAAAUGAAGGACAGGCUUUCUUCCUGGCUCCAGACAAGGCGAACCCCCCAGAUGUGGUGUGUUGGCUGCUGGAGAUUCAAGGAGCAGCACUUUUUUCCGUGUCCGUCUUUGUGGGUGGCUACAGGCCCAGUGGAGAAGGAGGCUCUUGCUCGGUCCUCAGGGAGCAGCAGGAGAGGGAGAAGGCCCUGCGGCUCCAGAAGGAGCGGCUGCAGAGGGAGCUGGAGGAGACGAAGAAAAAGGAAGAACAGCAGCGCCUGGCUGAGCAGCGGCUGCAGGAGGAGCAGGAGAAGAAAGCCAGGGAGGCCGCAGCGGCCAGCAAAAGCCUGAACGUGACCGUGGACGUGCAGUCUCCAGCUUGUACCUCGUAUCAAAUGACUCCACAGGGACACAGGGCGCCCCCCAAGAUCAACCCGGAUAACUACGGGAUGGAUCUGAACAGCGACGACUCCACCGAUGACGAGGCCCAUCCCCGGAAACCCAUCCCCAACUGGGCCAGAGGCACCCAGCUUAGCCAGGCCAUCAUCCACCAGUACUACCACCCCCCGAACCUUCUGGAGCUCUUCGGAACCAUUCUGCCACUGGACUUGGAGGACAUCUUCAAGAAGAGCAAGCCCCGCUACCAUAAGCGCACCAGCUCCGCCGUGUGGAACUCGCCGCCCCUGCAGGGCACCAGGGUCCCUGGCAGCCUGGCCUACAGCCUGAACAAGCACUGA